AUGUUAUUUUGCAUGAAGCUACAACUUUGCAAAUAAUCAACUGACCUUGAACAACCCUUUGUCAGCCCUUGUUCAAUCUUGUUUCUCCCUAAAUUUUACAACCAAUCACAAGGUGAGAUUCAAAUGAAAGUACUGGACUUUCAAUUCAAAUAAAGCAAAUAAUUCAACCCUUUCCUGCAAUUUAAGAUGAAAUAAUAGGGACCGGGCUAUCUCCCCUCGUUCACUAUGUUGUUCUACUUAUAAAUACUAGCCAGUCUCCCUGUGGGCGCGCUACCGACCGCCUGCGUACAUGUCCGACGCCGCGCGCGUCCGGCCCGAAGGCCUGGAUUCAGAAAACAAAGAGGAACUUAUUAAUAGAGAAAAUCCAAAUAAGUUUGGUUACGUGCAUCUAUUUACAUCCUCUGCCCUUAGUGGCAAGGGUGCUACUGUUCAGGUGCAAAAGGCGAGCCAGGAAAGCCUGGCAUGCCAAGGCAGCGUGGCAGGCCAGGUGACACUAAACUAUCGAAAGAAGAAGUAUUUUUUCAUUGGACCCAGAGGAAAGAUUAUCACAGAUUCAGACCCGUGCUACCCUAGACGUCCUAGAUCUAAGCCUGCUGUUGAAAUACAGGAAAACAUUUUGAUAGCACCAGCCCAGGUGGUAGAUCAGGAGGCAACAACCAGUCAAGGGAGACUGGCUAGCCAACAUUCCAGUAAUGAAGGUAAUUUCAGGCAUGAUAACAAUGAAAUUCUGAUACAGGAUUGCCGCCAGUCAAAGCAAUAUUUGACGAACCAGGUUAACAUACAACAAAACAAUCAGGUUCAUCUUGUUAAACAAGAUCCUGGAGAGCCCGAUAUCAUUGACCUUACCCAGGACUUCAUUGAACCUCGCGAUUCUCCGAACCAAGAUAAUGUCAACCCAUAUCAUUGGAAGAGCCUGAUACAAAAGCAACAGGUUCGCCAAAAUUCUGCGAACCACCACAACAUCACACAAGACAACCAAGACAAUUUGAUACAAAAGUAUUUGGAUCGCCAAGACCCUUCGAACCAAAAUAACGUAGACCAAGGUAUAAACAAAAAAGUUUGUCACGACUCUGCGAAGAAACGUAAACUUGGACAAGAUAUCCAAGAAAGCUUGUCGAAAAAAUGUACACAGGACAUCGAACAAGAGGAUCUGAUUGAUAAACACAUAAAACGCUCCGACUCUCCGAAAAGAGCUACCGAAGGACAAGAAGAUUUACUGGACCAGGAUCAGGUACAGCAAAAUUCUACUACGAAACAAAAUAUUGGACAAGUCGAUACAACCAUCAACAACUACGUAGAUCGUCACGAUUCAGCUAAGAAAGAUAACAUUGGCCAAAAGAGUCUGCUAGAAAAGUAUGAUAACUUCUGUCACAAUUCUUCAUAUAAAGAUAACUCUGGAGAAGAAAGCAUAUUAGACAAGUCCCCGAUACAACAGGAUUCUACAAAGACAAAUACUGUUGGCCAUGAGGACCCUUUAGACAAGAAUUUGAUCCGUCACAAACGUGCAACAAAAGAUAACAUUGACCAGGAAAACGUAUUAAACAAGGUUGAUCACGACUCCGCUGAGAAAGAUAACAUCGACCAAAAGAGCUUGUCGAACAAGCACCUGGGACAGCACGAAUUUGCAAAGAACAAUAACUUCGGUCAAAAGGAACUAUUGGACGAGUAUUUGUUCCAUCACAAAUCUACCAAGAAAGAAAACUCCGGAAAAAAGGAAAUAAUUGACCAGUACUUGAUUGGUCACGAUUCUGUGAAGAAAGAAAAGGAAGAGAGCAUAAUAAACGAGUUACUGCUACCACAUGAUUCUGGAAAGAAAGCCAACGUCGAUCAAGGGGACGUAAUAAACAAGUACUUGGUUCGCCAGGAUUCUGGAAAGAAAGAUAACUCCGACCAAAAAGGCAUCUUAAGUAAGAACGUGACACACGACGAUUCUACUGAAAAAGAUAGCGUUGGACAAGAAGAUCUGUUAGACCAGUACUUGGUUCGCCACAAGUUUCCGAAAAAAAAUAACAACAGCCAGGAGGACAUAUUAGACAAAUACUUGGUACAGCACGAUUCUGCAGAGGAUAAAGGCGAUGGUCAGGAAGACCUGUUAGACGAGUACUUGAUUCGUCACAACUCUGCAAAAUUAGAUAGUUCCGGACAAGACAAAAAUACUAAGCAGUGUACAGUGGUAGUAGAGGUAAUCCACGAAACAAAGGAAGAUAACAUCGAUCAAGAAGAUAACAUCGAUCAAGAAUAUAACAUCGAUCAAGAAUAUAACAUCGAUCAAGAGGACCCAAUAGACAAGUACUUGAUACGACACGAUUCGGCAAAGGAAGUUACUCACCUCGAUUCAGCAACUACACGUAAGUCUGAUUCUGAUAGACAUAACGCCGAACAAGAGAACCUGAUUGACAAAUACCUGAUUCGUCACGACUCUACAAAGAAAGAUUCCGCGAUUCGUCGUUACUCUGCAAAUAAACAUAAAGUUGGACAAAAAAACGAAAAGACUUUAGAUGAUAAAUACCUGGCUUGCCACGAUUCUGAGAAAGAUAACGAACAAGAGAGUGAAAGCGAAUUAAACCAAUUCCUGGUACGUCACGAAUCCGCAAAAUCUCCAAAGAAAGAGAACAUCAAACAAGACAACCAAGAAAGCGAUUGCAUGGUUCAUCAAGAGUCAGCUGACACCAAUAACGUUGAGCAAAGUAACCAAGGGAGCUUGGCGGAAAGCGAAUCCACCAUGCCGCCUCCCGACAAAAAGGAUAAGAAACAAGCUGUGCUUCAAACUUACUUGAAUCCAACAACUGCAGCUACAGUCAUCGCAGUGAAUACCGCAGAUGAUAAAGGUUUGCCUUCCGGGAUGGUUGAGUAUUUUGUGGACGAAGAUGGCAAAUACUACUACCAGUCAACGGUUGAUGGGCAAGCUUUGGUCAUGAACACACCGGCUGUCAACCAAGAUGAGACUGCUGAAACAUCAGAUGCAAUAAUGGCUGACCCUGGAGAAACUUUCCAGACUGUCACCUUCGUACCCUCGGAAAACAACGGAGAGGUCAGCUAUGUGCUGGUCGUGCAGGAGGAGAAGGCUGUUGUCAACAUAGAUCUCAAGGUACCAAAUCAGACAGAGGAAGAGAAAGGUAACGAUGACGUGUACAACUUCGAGGAAGAGGAAGCUGGAGAAGAGGCCUCGGAAGUUGAUGAUGAGGAGAUGGCUGAGGGCAACAAUAUCACCCCCAAGCACACACAGAAACGGACCAAAACUCUUCGACCGCACUUCACUUGCAACUUCUGCUCAUAUACUAGUCACCGACGUUACCUGUUACUCCGCCACAUGAAAUCUCACUCCGAGGACCGUCCGCACAAGUGCAGUGUGUGUGAGCGAGGCUUCAAGACGAUCGCCUCUCUACAGAACCAUGUCAACAUGCACAAUGGCAUCAAGCCUCAUGUCUGCAAGUACUGUAACAGCCCCUUCACUACAUCUGGUGAGCUGGUGAGACAUGUACGCUACAAGCACACGCACGAGAAACCGCACAAAUGCUCGGAGUGUGACUAUGCGUCCGUCGAGCUGUCGAAGCUACGUCGCCACGUUCGCUGUCACACGGGCGAGAGGCCGUACCAGUGCCCGCAUUGCACCUAUGCGUCUCCAGACACGUUCAAGCUGAAGCGCCACCUCCGCACGCACACUGGAGAGAAACCGUACAAGUGCGAGCACUGCAACAUGUGUUUCACACAAUCCAACUCACUGAAAGCUCAUCGGCUCAUUCAUAAUGCUGAGAAGCCGAUGUACUCCUGCGAACUUUGCCCGGCUAAGUGCGGCCGUAAGACAGAUCUGCGGAUUCACAUACAGAAAUUGCAUACAUCGGACAAGCCGCUCAAGUGCCGGCGCUGCGGGAAGACCUUCCCUGAUCGAUAUUCCUGCAAAGUGCACAAUAAGACCCAUGAGGGUGAGAAGUGCUUCAAGUGUGACAUUUGCCCGUACGCGUCUACCACACUGCGCCAUUUGAAGUCUCACAUGUUGAAGCAUACUGAUGAGAAGCCAUUCUUAUGUGACCUCUGCGAUCAAUCGUUCAGGCAAAAGCAGCUGCUCCGUCGUCAUCAGAACCUUUACCACAAUCCCAACUAUGUGGCGAAGCCUCCGAAAGAGAAGACGCACUCUUGCCACGAGUGCAAGCGUAUGUUCGCACACAAGGGUAAUUUGAUCCGCCACCUGGCUGUCCACGACCCAGACUCUGGUCAUCACGAGCGCGCCCUCGCCCUCAAGAUCGGCAGGCAACGGAAGGUCAAGUUUAUCGAAGAGGAGCCUAUGAGGGACAUCCGUGUGGUUGAUUCCUCGGAUGCGGCGGAGAUGAUGAAGCUGGGCUUGAGUAACAAUGAGUUGAAGCGCGGCGAGCUGGUGACGGUGGCUGACGGAGACGGCCAGCAGUACGUCGUCCUCGAAGUCAUACAGCUGGAGGACGGCACGGAGCAACAAGUCGCCGUUGUUGCUCCAGAUUAUUUGGAUGAAGAUGAACAAGUAGAAGAAGAAGAAGAGGAGGAGGAGGAGGAAGAAACACAGAGGACUUUCACUGUCAAGGACCCUGUGGCUGAACGGAGCAUCAAACUCGAGAAGGAAGUCGACACCUGCUUCGGAUUCGAUGAGGAGGAUGAGGACGCGGAAGACGAAGAUUAUACUGAUAAAGUAGUUUUGCGUUUAGUUUAGUGUUGUAUCAAUGUAGUACAGGUUACCGGCAUAGCUGACGGCGUCUAUGGGACUAAAGUCCACUAAAAUAUUUAUUAUUCUCCAGUGUUAUGUUCUCGCAGAUAGGAGGCGUAGUAUGUGCUCUUAAUUUAUUACCUACGACUUGUAUUAUGAAUAUUUAUUUGCCCAAGUUACUUGUAUAACACUAGCUUUGCUCGGGUCUUCGCGUUCAAUACGUCGCAGAGAUUUAAAAGGCGCUGUUAUAGCAGCAGAGAUAAUGUUAUGUAAAGAAAAUAUUUUAUAUUUUUGUUACGAAGAAUUCAUUAGACAUUUUAGUGAUGAGACUUCGUAAAUAAAUCAUUUUGAUUUAAAAAAGUACUUAAUAAUUUUAUGUCUGAAUUUAAUAUAUUUAUGGAUUAUGGUUUCUAGUUUUGUACUAGAAAGAUAUUUGAUGCAAAAGUUGCAUGCUGUGACCAGACCUUUUUUUUACUUCUCCCACCUUGGGAGUAAGCCAAACCUGCUGUGCUACUUUCAUUGGUGGCACCUUCCAUCAACAAUACAUUCCUAUUGUGCAUUAUCUAAUGGGGUGUUACUCUGGCUGGAAAACCAGGAAACAGACACCUUUAACAUACUCUUGUCCAAUAUCAGUUCAUGGCUUGGUCAUCUCAAGCUAUGAAGGAAACCCACUUUCUCGUGGCAACAUGAUGUUCGCAAGGACAAGCUAGUGUUAUAGAUAAGUAGCGGCAAUGCAAGUAGGAUGCAGUCAGUCCAAUGAAUUAGCUUAACGUGGAAGACAACGUGUCUUGUAUAUGUUUAAUGUAAGUGCUUUUACGAGGAUUCUCUUGGUGUUCGCUUUGUGUGUGUUUAUGCUUCGCGACACAGUGAUCGAGGCUGUGCGAAUGAAUGAUUUUAGAUUUUUAUUAAGUAGAUGUUUGUAGGAGUUAAUUGAGUCGUGGCUCGUCAUCAAAGAGGCGAGCCACAUAGUCUUAGCUUUAUCUAGUAUUUUUAUUGAUGUACUAGCCUCCUUAGUACCUUCUAGUGUCCGUGAGAGAUCUCACUCGUCACUUUAGAAUUUAGAUUAUGUCGUUCUCACUUGUUGGUCAGCCCAGACGCCAUGCCGGUAGACUGUCUUUUGCGUCGAUUGUACCAAAUAAAAUAUCACAAUCGAUAUAUUAUGAUAGAAUUUGAGGUCUAGCGAAAGUACGUAACUAAUAUUGUCUGAUUUAUUUUAUAAUUGGAUAUGUACUCAGUAUGUGGAACUGAAAAAUUGCGCGGUACUGUGCACGUGUACUGCUUUAUGUGUGUCGUUGUUAGUUUGGCUGCCGUACAACAAUACAGGAUGUUGUUGCUUCGCUGCCUGCCUCGUACUUACCCGCAAUCCUAACAUAUAGUUAUGCACUUUCGUUGUCUCGUAUAUGUACAUUUGGAACUAAUUUAAUAAAAAAUAAUCGUAAACAUACAUUCCGUAGGAAUACGGAAGUAAAAAUUUAUAGUGAGACACGAGAAGCUAACGAUAUAAAAGAGAUAUAUAAAAUAAAUAUUUUUUGUACUGAAGUGUUUGGUUGGGCGUAGAGUUCAACUUGUGCUGCAACCGCGGCAGCGAUCUGUUAGGUGUUGCGUUGGAAGCGGCGCCGGGGUCAGUGAACAUCGCGCACUGCGAUGCAGGGAGGCGCUAGCUUCUCGUGUCUCUGCUAUCGUUAUGGACAGUGACUGGUUGAGCACGUUGCGGCGCCGCGUUGUCUGAACCCCUGCACCCUCAGUAUUAGUGCUCGCAACUGUCCACAGUGCGCUCAAGCACUCGACUUGUGCUCAUAAUUAUGGAAGAAACACUUUUAAGUAGUUGAUUAAUUGUGUCGGUAAAGUAACUUUGUGUUAAAAUAUUUAAUUAUCUCGUUAGGUAUUAAAUUGUCACUAGUUUACACUUUUACUCGAAGGCCAAAUAAUGAAUUUCAAAGGCGUUUUCUUUAUAAUUUAUGAACCUAAAUCAAAGAGUAAAUUGUUCUGAAAAUCUUUAAUAAUGUUAUUAGUUUAUACUUAACUGUAGUUUUAGGUAUUAUAAGAUAAACGAUGGAUACCGUGGAGUAUGUUGGUAGUUGCGGGAGCACUCGAUGUUCCGUGGGCGCGGGCACACAGCUCCCCCCACCGCCAGCUACCGCCCUACUCCGUACCGACUUUGAACAACUUUCACCUCGGUAUAUUAAUUUUGGCUUUAGUAAAGUUUUUCCUUAUUUCCACUUACCACAUGUGUUGUACCACUUGUACCAUAAUUUCUUUUAGUUCCAUCACGCUUCAUAAAGCCCAAAAAGAUCGUUGUAUAAUUGUUCAAUUUUUGUAAAAAAAAAAUACUUGGAUAAAUGGCAAAUCGCAACUUA